CCCCCCUCCUCCUCCCCCUCCCCCUCCGGCCUUCUCGCUCAGAUCCGGAAUACCUCCGGGGAGCUCGCUCGCUCGGCAGGCGAUCUCUUCCCCGAUCCGGCGGCGCGGCGUGGCCUGUCGGUCGGUCGGCGCUUCUAAGCCACGGGAGGUCGGGAGGGAAAGGGAUUCCGCUGCCUUCGAGCCCACUCCACCCUGCCCCCCCUCCCUCCGUCCCGAGAAAGCUCCCUUUCCCCCACCCACCUCCACCACUCCAUCACUGACGAGGAGAGGAGAGGAGAGACCGCUCACUCUCCGCUAGUAGUAGUAUUAACCCCUAAUCCGGCUAGUAAUAAUCCCAUGGCGUCCUCCCUCACGCCGCGCAGCCCACACCAGAAGAAGGAGAACCUGGGGAGCCUGCGGCGCGGGAUGGGGUACAACGCGCCGCCGCGCCGCAACGUCCUCUCGGCAAUCAACAACGGCGGCGGGGCGAACAGCGAGCCGGCGCCGUCGGAGGCCGGGUCCGAGGCGCCCGCCUUCGAGUUCAGCGGGAGGGAGGAUGUCGACCGCCUGCUCAACGAGAAGAUGAAGGGCAAAUCCAAGAACGACUACAAGGGGCGGACGGAGCAGAUGAGCGAGUACAUCAAGCGGCUGAGGGCCUGCAUCCGGUGGCUGGUGGAGCUGGAAGACGGCUACUUGGCCGAGCAGGAGAAGCUUCGGGGGCAGAUAGAUUCAGACAAUGCUCGUCACGCAGAGUUUGAGGCUCAGCUCAGUGGUGCGCUUGAAGAGUUGAAAGCGGCAAACUUGGAAAUGACAACACGGUGUGACUCACUGGAGGAGAGCUUGAACAAGGAGAAGGCCGCCAGGCUGCUUGCUGUGGAGUCCUAUGAGAAGGAAAGAGAAGAAAGGGAAUCAGCCGAGGCUUCACGGGAUGUACUGACGGUCGAUCUUGAAAGGGUCACUCAUGAGGCUAAACGGUUUAGUGAGCAGCUAAAAAUGGUCCAAGACACCAACAAAAGACUUCAGGAAUACAACUCCAGCUUGCAGCAAUACAACAGUAAUCUUCAAGCUGAUACAUCAAAGAAUGGAGAAAUCAUCUCGAAGCUGCAAAGGGAGAAGAGUGCAAUGAUGGAAGCCAUGACUAAUCUGAAAGAUCUUAACAACUCAAUGAAGAACCAGUUGGAUUCUUCCAUGUCCUCCCAGAAAGAAGCAAUUAGAGUGAAAGAAGAACUUAGAAAAGAAGUAGAGUGCCUCAGAGCUGAUUUACAGCAAGUUAGAGAAGACCGUGAUCAGUCUGUUGCUCAACUGAAUACCUUGACCGCUGAACUGGCCACUUACAGCGAACAGGCUAGAAAGUCUUCGAAAGACUCUGAACUUUUGAGAAUAAAAGCGGCAGCCUUUGAGGAAACGUGCAGUUCACAGCAAGAACAAAUUGAAACAUUGCAGAAGCAGCUUGCAGUUGCAACAGAGAAGCUGAAGCAUGCUGAUGUGACUGCAAUUGAGGCGAUGACAGGAUAUGAAACACAGAAAGAGACAAUUAAAGAUCUGGAAGAGCGCUUGGCAUAUGCAGAGUUUCAAAUCAUUGAAGCUGAUAAGCUACGAAAGAAGCUGCAUAACACCAUCUUGGAACUAAAAGGCAAUAUCAGAGUAUUUUGUAGGGUUCGGCCCUUUCUGUCGGACUCUGAUUCUAAUGGUCAGGAAGAAGCCAUUAUUUCUUAUCCAUCAUCCGUGGAAAAUGCUGGGCGUGGUAUUGAUUUGUUGAAUCAAGGUCAGAAAUGUUCUUUUUCAUAUGACAAGGUUUUCGAUCACAGCGCUUCGCAAGAUGAUGUGUUUGUGGAAAUGUCACAGCUAGUUCAAAGUGCGCUUGAUGGAUACAAGGUAUGCAUAUUUGCAUAUGGUCAAACAGGCUCAGGUAAAACUUAUACAAUGAUGGGUAAGCCAGGCCGUGAUCAGAAAGGUAUCAUACCUCGAUCUUUGGAGCAAAUUUUCAAGACCAGUCAGUCGCUAGAAUCUCAAGGAUGGAAGUAUUGUAUGCAGGCAUCAAUGUUGGAAAUAUACAAUGAGACAAUUCGUGACUUGUUAGCACCUGGCCGCUCCAGUAGUGAGAUGGCUGGCGGUAAACAAUACACAAUAAAGCAUGAUUCCCAGGGAAACACAACAGUCUCCGAUCUUACAACUACUAAUGUGUUCAGCACUGCUGAUGUGACAUCUCUUCUAGAGAAAGCAUCCCAUAGCAGGUCUGUAGGUAAGACCCAAAUGAAUGAGCAAUCUUCCCGCAGCCAUUUUGUCUUCACACUGAAGAUAUUUGGAUCAAAUGAGAGCACAGGCCAACAAGUACAAGGUGUGCUGAACUUGAUUGAUUUGGCCGGGAGUGAGCGGCUUACUAAAAGUGGCGCAACAGGCGAUCGCUUGAAGGAAACUCAGGCCAUCAACAAGAGCCUGUCAGCUCUCAGCGAUGUUAUCUUUGCGAUUGCCAAAAAUGAUGACCAUGUACCCUUCAGGAACUCGAAGCUUACAUACCUCUUGCAGCCUUGCCUUGGCGGGGACUCGAAGACGCUCAUGUUCGUCAACGUCUCGCCCGAGGCGUCCUCGGCCGGGGAGACUCUCUGUUCCCUGCGGUUCGCGUCGAGGGUGAAUGCGUGCGAGAUUGGGGUGGCGAGACGGCAGACACAGUCCAAGUCCUCCUCAGAUAACAGUAACAGGUUGAGUUACGGGUGAACUAUGUCCUGCCUGUCAACGGCCAUCGUGACCUGAUGAUACUGCCUACAUAACGAGCUAAGCUAGCAGCUCUGUGGGCCGACUUGGCCACGAGCGUGCUAGCGACGCGGCGCGGCUGGCCUCUGGUAUUAGCAACAUGUACAGUCAGUAGGGAGAGUGGCAGAGCAUGCGCUGUGUGGCAUUGAGAGCAGGAGAGAACCUCUGCUUCCUGCCACGAUGAUUCGUCUUCUGUUUGUAGUAGCUGAUUGAUUUGAGAUUUAUUGAGUAAUGUUAACUGGCGCUAUAUUCUUUCUGUGUGACUUCAAGAACGAAUCCAUGUGCUGAUAAUAUGAUUGUGCGUCCAUCAGUGUGUC